AUGCAAAUACAAUUCUAUUCAAAAGAUGAUCAAGAAGAUUUUAAUAAUAAAAUAAAUAAAAUUAUUAAUGAAAAAGAAUGGAAUUAUUUUGAUGAGGCAUCAUCAAAUUUUAUUAAUAAAAUAAAAAGAAGUUUUGCCUUUGUUCCAAGCAGAGGAAAAAAAUUACAGGAACGAUUUAAUUUUCAAGGAUCCAGAGGAAAAUAA